AGAGGAGGGAUCCCUCUCCCAGGACGGACAGACGUGCAAUAGAUGUCACGUGUACAGUCAUGUGUUAGCUGAUGUUGUCAAGGACAAGAGUCACGUGAUGUAUGAAGGCAAACACAUACACUUCUCAGAGGUGGACAAUAAGCCGUUGUGCUCGUAUAGCCCAAAGCUCUGCAAGCAACGCAGACUAAAUGGCUACGCUUUCUGUAUACGGCACGUCCUGGAGGAUAAGACGGCCCCCUUCAAGCAAUGUGAAUAUGUGGCCAAGUACAACAGCCAGCGAUGUACCAACCCCAUCCCCAAGUCUGAGGACCGCAGAUACUGUAACAGCCACCUGCAGGUUCUGGGUUUUAUCCCCAAGAAGGAACGGAAAAAGAAACACGACGCUCUGGAGGACAUGCGCUCGCGGGCUCACCUGGAGUCAGUGGCUCUCAACAUAACGGUGCCCUCUCUAGCUUUGAAAGCUUCCAAUGGUCUAGAUGAACUUCCGCCAUCUCCCCCCUGUACGCGCCUGUUACCCCUCCCCGACGGGGAACUCCUGGACCCUUUUGCCUUUUACGAGGACGACACAGACGGGGAGGAGGUGGGCGCUCCUCGGAAGAGCAGCGCCAUCAAGAAGAAACUACAGAGUCGCCUUGUGCUCAACCAGAAACUCUGCCAUGACACGGACCUCUUCCAGCCGCCUCCUGAGCACUUUAGUCCCUCCCCUGUCCCUCCUCACGUCCACCCCUCCUCACCGCUCAACACACAUCUCCAACGGCAGCAGUCAGGUCUCCGUCAGCCGCCCCAGCACUCGAGCGUGAUGUCGUUCAUCUUCCCCGGACAGCAGCAGGGUUUAUUAUGCAAUCCACCACCACCUCAGACGGUCAACUUUCUGCCUCCAGGGAUGCCCGCUAAUGCAGCACCCAGUCCCGUGCAAACUUCUGGGCCAUCACUCGGCAGGAAAAUGCCUUUCACUGCUGCUCACUUGCCUGUCAGUUGCAAGGACAGCGGCAGUAACAAUCAGCGGCAUGUGGUCGUCAUGCGUCCCGCUGUCUUCUCACCUUCUGCAAGCUGCCUGGCCAGGUUGCAACAUCUGGUGCAGCUCUGUGCCAAGAGACACAGGGAGCACGGAGACCUCUUUCCUCAUUUAGGAUUGGAUUGGUCAGAAGACAGCGCCGAUGAUGACGAUGAUUAUGACGACGUAGAGGAGGCUGAGACAUUUACUCCUUUCCAGAACUCUUGGAGACCACAGAAUGGUUUGGAAGACGACAGUGGUUCCUCGCGGAGAACGCGGCUGCUUAGGCUUUGCUCGUACCUCCGGGAGAAAUACAAGCACAUGUGCAGGCAGGAGAGGGCGAGUAUCCGCCAAAAGAGAUACCGCUAUGCCUUCCGCAAAGCCUUGCUGCACGCUGCCAGUAACAACCCCGACUGUGCCGGGCAGCUGAUCCAGGAGUUACGCGGUGCCUCUCGAAACUCCUCGAGUGUGGCUCCAGCACGGCAGCAGAACACGGAUACGGGGACCUGCACUGGCAGCACAAAGGGCCAGGCCUGCAACAACAGAGCUCUGCCCUUCACUCAACACUGCUUUCAGCACAUUCUCUUGAAUCGUUCCCAGCAGCUCUUUGCUAGUUGCACAGCCAAAUUUGCCGACGGUCAGCAGUGCUCCAUCCCCGUGUUUGACAUCACGCACCAAACACCACUCUGCGAAGAGCAUGCCAAAAAAAUGGAUAACUUCCUGCGAGGGGACGGUAACCGUCGAGUGCAGCACCAGCAGCAGCAACAGCGGAAGCCACGGAAAAAGACCAAACCACCUGCGCUCACCAAAAAACACAAGAAGAAGAGGAGGAGAGGGCCGCGGAGGCCUCAGAAGCCCAUCCCUCCGGCGCUGCCGCAGGGGAACCUGGGAAUGCCUUCGACGAGCCUUGCGAUGCCAUCACAGGCCAGCAUCAGCCCUUCGACUCCGGACCUGAGUGCGGAGGAGCUUCCGGACGACAUCACCAAUGAAAUGGCAGACAUUCCAAAUGACCUCGAGCUAAACCAGGAGGAUUUCUCCGAUGUUUUACCCAGACUAACCGAUGACCUGCCGGACUUUGACUUGUUCGAAGGUAAGAACGGGGAGUUACUGCCCACCACGGAGGAGGCCGAGGAGCUGGUGCGCGCACUGCAAGCUAUGGGGUCCUACCCAGACUCUUUAGUGUGCCUGACCUCCAUGGCAGACCUAGCCCCCUCUGAAGGAGUGGACCACCGAUCCAUGACAGUGUUCCCUGGUCCGGUCCAGCCGGGGGGCAUGGGGGACCUGCUCAACAGUCGCAUCCCUACGGAGAACUUCACCAGCCUCGAGCUGGAGGACAAUCUACUGCAGUCCACCGGGGGUCACUUCCCCUCCUCGCCGCCCUCUCAGCCCGCUAACCAGCCCCCGACGUCGUGCCCCAACCUGACCUCAACCUCCACAGUAGCUCCCCCCACCACCUCCAUGCUCACUCAGACCUCCAUAACAGAGCGAACGUUUUCCCGGACGCACGCGUCCCACGUCCUGGUCAAGUCGGACGUGCCCACGUCAUCUCCCCAAGGCAGCCACUACAGCAGUGAGCAUGUGCCAUCACCAUACAGUGACCACAUAUCUUCUCCCCAUGCCAGCUCCUUCCAGACUGACACCCCUCUCCUGCUGGAAGUCCCUCUCAGCGGGGUACCAGGACCCCCACGCACAUGGAACAAUCUCCCUCUCACGCUCACCGACCCCACGCAAUUCGGCAAUCUCAUAGGCUCAGAAAGUCAUCUCAUAUCCACGUCCCUGUCCACUCCCCCGGCCACCACCCACUCUGUGACGCUGCAGCCGAUGGCCGCGCUCUCCGCGAUGCCCCAGAGCGGCUUGACAGGUUUAACGACUCCCCCCGCCCCGUCGUCCUCCUCGCUCCCAUCCUCUUCACGCGAUCUUCUGACCUCCACACAGCCCAAGCAACAGCUCCCUCAGUUCAGCGCGGCCUUCGGCCAUCAAUUGGCCUCCCACAGUGGCAUCCCGAAAGACGUGCAGCCCAGCCACAGCUCUACGGCGCCCCCGGCUGGCUUUUCCAUAGUUAGUGCCACCGCUGCAAGUGCCAACAGCGCCACACCACCCUUCACGCAAAGCAAAUGAGAGCGGUGGCCCGGCGCGACGACGGCCCUGUGGACUCACAGUCACUUACAAUCCAGUCGACUGGCAUCUGAUUGAACACCCACCUCUCUUCAUCUGCUACAUGUGUGCAAUGUGGUAAUAGUGCACUAUUUGAUAAUGAAUUUGCACAACCCUCGAUAACUUCUGUUUUCAUUCUUUUAUCGUGCAGGCCAGGCGUCUGUGAUUUUAAGUCGGUGUGAGUCCACUCUCGUUCGAUGCCUUUUUCUGGUUCGGUCAGCAGCGGGUGGGUGGGUGGUUGGGGGGGUUAACAGUGAAGACUUUGUGAUGAAAUAAACGGGUGAAAAUCGGGGCAGGAAGGACCUUCAUAGAAGAGAUUAUGUGUUACAGCGCUCAGAAUUCAUCGACGUUAGAAGCCUCAAAUCAGUGGAUCGCUUUGUUUCGCUUUGCCAGUUUUCAAGUCCUGUCUUUUUAAGAUGAUCAACUUUGCACCCUUUGCCUUGCUCAGAUGGCCAUUACACUUUAUUUUUUUUUUAUUUAAGUUUUUUUUUCCUCACCUGUUUCAUACACUGCUUCUGUCACCCCUCUGGAAAAAAAGAAAAAAGAAAGCGUACAGGUUUGUGACACUCGUGACCCUCCCCCACCCCCCCCGUUAUGUUUCAAAGCUAUUUAACUGUUUAUCAUGAUAGACUUAUAGGAUCUUUUACCGAGUCAGAUUUCACACAUGUCAUAUGAAUUUACCAAAAUACUUUUAAACGGCUGUUUUUUAUAUUGUGUAUACUGUAUAUGUGCUCAUUUAUUGGUUUGCUCAGACGUCAAAAUCCUCUGACCUCACCAUUGGUUGUGGGACUCUGAGUGGCCCUAGUAGACACUUGAAGGUAAAAAAUCUAGUUUUCUUAAAGCAAUAAACACAUUAACAUAACUCUUUAGCAUUGUAAGGUAUUUUAUCGGUCUCAUUACAUGUAGCUUCACUUGCUGGAUAAGGAGUAUAUUUCGGCCUCUAUAGCUGUUGUUUCUUACUUUACAGCGGCGGCAGCAGCAGUCAGAACUAGAGCCUAUAGAGACCAAACCAUCAGGUCAGCCUAACUUCUUCUCUCGGGUCACGCCGAGUGGAUUUUUCUUUUUUUUUUUAAAGGCUAAUACAUGAGUUUCAGUGUUAAUGGUAGAGAGGGGGGUGAUGAUCCAGGGACUUUAAGUGUCUACUCUCAAAGGUGCUCUCUGGUCCACAUAUACAAUGGUCACUAAUGACUUUCAUGUCUCGUUUAAAAGAAAAAAAAAAAAAAAAAAAAAGGCUAGCUCAGUUUCAGGGCAACCCACGGUAAUUCGUCAACCCGGAAAGAUGAAGGUAGUGAUUUGAAUCGGUGUGUCUGAGGUAAAGAAAAGUCAAGUUUUACUCUAAAGUUACAAAGAAAAAUAUAAAUAUAUACAUAUAUAUAUAUGAAAAACUGAUGCAAACCUGGGGUCUGAUUUGAAUUUUUAAAAUAAAUGUCAUACAGCAGUACAACCAUGGCUUUUGAUAGAUAUUAUAUUAGACAUUUGACAGCUUGUCAGACAUUGUUGAGUAUUAGGUAUAUAGAGUAGCGGUCUCUAUCUUGGGGUUUGUUGGUGAAUUAUUGAGUAGCAAUGGAUUGAAAAUUGUUAUUUGCAUUGUAUUCAGUGGAACCUGUGUCUUGUAGAAUGAGUCUCUCGUUUUUUAAUGGCUAUCAAAAACGAUUGUACGUUCUCUUUGAAGUCGGAGGGAUCAAUGUUUAUAUGCUGUGUAUGGUGUCUCUUUUUUGUUUUUAAAUAUUAUCCUGAUGGAGAAUAACUUUUUGAUAGCUAUUAAAAACACCAGGAAAGAAGUCUUUGCAGAGAUUGCAUGGGGCGGCAACCUUUUUUUGUGUGUGAGAGUAUUAAUAAUAAUAAUAAUAAUAUCAAUAUUUGAUUAUGGUCACUGGCUUGAUUCUCGGAGGUAUGAAACAUUGGAAUAUAUGCAUUGCCAUUUCGUUUGUUUUGUGGAGGAAAAACCAGAUCGAGUUUUUUUUUUCCUCAACAUGGAUUUGCACAGGAGUGGAUGAGGCUGGUUGGUGUUUCACAUGUCCCCGUGUGUGUCUGUCUCUUUCUGUCUUGCCUUUUUUUUUUCCGUUUAUAUGCUUGGACGCUCAUUAAAAUGAACAGCUGCCAUCAUUACCAGCUCUGAGCUCUGCACCAGACCCCCCUCCCCCUUUACCACCCCCAAAAAAAACCCUAACCCAUUUCCAGCUGUGAGAAGGCCCAGUUCUGUCUCUCCCUUCCAAAGAGAAAACACAUUAUGAAGUGUAAAACCCGUAGCUCAUAGAGACGAACGGGCUCUUCUCUAGUGACCGGCGGUGUCGGCACUAAUGGUUCAUAAAACACGGCGCCCUGAAAAGCAAAAGAAGAAUUAAAAAGAAGAAUCAGGUUGAAUGAAAAUGUUUGCAAGGCGUUACUGCUGUACCCCCCCACAUAGCAUGAGAUUAGCCACUGCACCAGUUUACUCUCUCAAAAAGAAAAAACACGUAGAACAAAACGAACAGGGCUCGUAGGCACAUUUAACUGCUUGAAUUCAGAAAUGGCUGACAAAUUCCUAUACUCAUUGAAUGUACUGUAUUACUGUUUUUAAAAGAUAGGAUGAGCAAAUCUAGUCACCUUUUGUUAUUGGUCCUUGUUUAAUUUGUCUAAGGUAUUUUUUGUAUACAAAGGUUUACAUUUUUAUGUAUAUUUUUCUUGUGUACAAAUUAUGUAAUAUGUGUACAAACACUGUAUGUUAAUAUCUGUAUAUAGUGUGAGAAAUUUGAUCUUUUUUUGUUUUUGGAUGUAUAAAUAAAACUUGCUGUGAGG